AAAGAGAAUUCCCGUUUAUAUACUUGGAAGGACGCUGGGAUUUCUGGGAUUUCAACAAACCUUUGCAUUGUGGGAAACUCGUAAACAGUAUUGUUGUGUCUCGACUUCUUGACCACAUGAACAGCGAAUGACCGUCGUAAACAACGCAGAAAUGUGGCAGUUUAGGUUCUUGUUGCUAUGUCUCCUGUUUCUUUUACUCGGACUCAUUCUUCUAUACAGAAAAUCGCGAAGUUUUCGUUUCCGUAUAAAGUAUAUUGGCUACAACUUUGUGAUCAUGUUAUCCGCCAUUCAUUGGACCUUUGUUGGUUUGUGCCAUCCAUUUGAUGUAGACAACUUUCAUCGUUGCUCCGGCAUCUUGUACAAUUUCCUCGUCAGAGCCUACUCGAUACGCGCUCAAGUUGAAGGACUUGAGAUCUUUGAUACUCUCAAAGAGAAGAAUUUCAUUAUUGUAGCCAACCAUCAAAGUUCGCUUGACGUUUUUGUGUUGCUUCAGACGACACCCCGUAGAACCACGUUCUUAGCGAAAAGGGAACUACUGUAUGCACCUCUGUUUGGAUUUGCGGCCUGGCUUUUUGGAGUCGUAUUUGUUGAUAGAUCUAACGCCAAGAGUGCGAGAAACGUCAUGGAUAAAACAGCAAAAACGAUGCGUGAUAAAAAGAUUAAUCUUUGGAUCUUUCCAGAGGGCACAAGAAGCCAGAGUGGUACAUUUCUCCCAUUUAAGAAAGGUGCCUUCCAUCUUGCCAUUCAGGCACAGCUUCCUAUUGUUCCUAUUGUAAUCUAUGACUACUCUUCAAUUUUCAACAAGAAAAACAAAGCAUUUGAACAUGGAAUCAUUAAAAUUAAAGUGAUGGAUCCCAUUUCAACUGAUGGCCUUGCAGCCGAUGAUGUUGGGGAGUUAACUGAUCAUGUUCGACAAGAGAUGCUGAAAGUUUUCCAUGAAAAGGACUCUUCAGGAAGCCACCAGAAUUCAGUACCAGCAGGAGAGAAAAAGAAUGAGUGACACUAACAUUUACAUUAAAUUAAAGCAAGUUGAGCUUAAAUUCAAUUCUAUGUGGAGUUUUAAGUGUGUUUUAAAAAUGAAUAUGAUCAGAAAUGAAAUUAUUUUACUAAAGAGAUGGAUUGUACAUUGAAUUUAUAGUUUCCAGUCCCAUUACAAUUUUUGGUGCUACGUAAUCUAUUGGGCUAAAAUAGCCAAUGAUGCUUGUGGACCUUCUUUCGCUUGCAAGGUUUUGAAGUUUUGAUUGUAAUUCAAUUAACUCCAAUAAUACAAACAGAGUGAUCUUGGUGUUUACUUUAUUUAAUUUUGAAACUCAAAAUUUUAAAUCAUAAAGAGAUCUUUAUUUUAAUUUUUAUGAAUGAAAUAAAUCAAUAACUCUAUUUUAAUUUUCAGACAAACAUCUGGCUUGAAAUACUUGUAAUCUCUUUGAGUCUUUUUUUAUUUUUUAAAUUAUUGUGUUCAAACAAAUGUUUUAAUGGCUUCUAUUUAUAAAUAAAGGAUUUGUCUUUAUCCCAG